GCCUGGCGGUGGCGGCGGCGGCGGCUGAAGCGCAGGGGCGGCCGUGGCCACAGCGCGGGGGCUGGGCCCAUGGCGGCGACGGCGGUGGCGACGGGGACCGGGGCCGCGGCGGGGACCGAGUCGGCCGAGCGGCCCCCGGGCCCGGCGGCGGCGCUGGAGUUGUGGCUCAACAAAGCCACAGACCCAAGCGUGUCGGAACAGGAUUGGUCAGCUAUCCAGAAUUUCUGUGAGCAGGUGAACACUGACCCCAAUGGCCCCACACAUGCGCCCUGGCUACUGGCCCACAAGAUCCAGUCUCCGCAAGAGAAAGAAGCCCUUUAUGCCUUAACGGUGCUGGAGAUGUGUAUGAACCACUGUGGAGAGAAGUUCCACAGCGAGGUGGCCAAGUUUCGCUUCCUGAAUGAGCUGAUCAAAGUGUUGUCUCCAAAGUACCUGGGGUCCUGGGCCACAGAAAAAGUUAAAGGAAGAGUCAUUGAAAUACUCUUUAGUUGGACAGUCUGGUUUCCAGAAGACAUCAAGAUCCGAGAUGCCUAUCAGAUGCUAAAGAAACAAGGCAUUAUAAAACAAGACCCUAAGCUACCAGUGGAUAAAAUCUUACCCCCGCCUUCUCCCUGGCCCAAGAGCUCGAUCUUUGAUGCUGAUGAAGAAAAAUCAAAGCUUCUGACAAGGCUUCUGAAGAGCAACCACCCUGAGGAUCUUCAGGCUGCAAACCGGCUGAUCAAGAAUUUGGUCAAGGAGGAACAAGAAAAGUCAGAGAAGGUGUCUAGGAGAGUGAGCGCCGUGGAGGAAGUGCGAAGCCACGUGAAGGUGCUGCAGGAGAUGCUGAGCACGUACCAGAGGCCGGGGCAGGCUCCCCCAGACCAGGAGGCCCUGCAGGUCGUGUAUGAAAGGUGUGAAAAGCUGCGGCCUACCCUUUUCCGGCUGGCAAGUGACACCACUGAUGAUGACGAUGCUCUUGCCGAGAUUCUCCAGGCAAAUGAUCUCCUCACCCAAGGAGUUCUGCUGUACAAACAGGUGAUGGAGGGCCGUGUGACCUUUGGAAACACAGUGACCAGCUCAGUGGGAGACAUACCCGUCUCCAGAGUCUUUCAGAAUCCAGCAGGCUGCAUGAAAAACUGUACCCUGAUUGACUUAGAGGUGGACGAUGGAUCUGAGCAGGCUGGGACUGCGGCGCCAUCUUUGCUUCAUCAGGACCUGGCAGCCUUGGGAAUCAGUGAUGCUGCUGUUACAAAUAAGAUUGCUGGUCAGAAUUGCUGUCAGGAAAAGAGGAAUCCUUCUGCCAGCACACUGCUGGGCGGUGGCAUUCAGAGCCAUUCUGCAGACCGGAACUUGCUGGAUCUCUCACCGCAGCCAUCCCCCAGCCCUCUGAAUUAUGUCUCACAGAAAAGUAUCCCCAAGGAAGUGCCACCAGGUACUAAGUCUUCCCCAGGUUGGUCCUGGGAGGCUGGACCAUUGGCAUCUUCCCCAUCCUCACAGAAUACGCCUCUGGCUCAAGUGUUUGUCCCUUUGGAGUCUGUUAAGCCCAGCAGCCUGCCACCUCUGAUCGUGUAUGACCGCAAUGGAUUCAGAAUUCUGCUCCACUUCUCCCAGACUGGGGCCCCUGGCCACCCCGAGGUGCAGGUAUUACUCUUGACCAUGAUGAGCACUGCCACCCAGCCUGUCUGGGACAUCAUGUUUCAAGUGGCUGUGCCAAAGUCAAUGAGAGUGAAGCUACAGCCGGCAUUCCAGCUCCAAGCUUCCUGCAUUCAGUCCUUUGAUGCCUCCAGCUGUGAUAUCUCAGAUGCUGCUGCUUGACAAUCCACAUAAAGUAUGUUCUGUGAUCUUUGGGUAUAGGGAAAUGGGACC